AUGACCAAGAACACCAUGAACGUCUUCGGUACAAUAACAGACUCGGGGAAAGAACCACUCUUAGGAGGAAUAUGCGGGAAGCGCUUGAUGCCCCAUGUCAUCGACGCAACGGCUAUCGCGACGCCAGAUGUCGCAUGCAUGUUCGUCCCCCGGACUCCCGGCAACUCUCGCAAUGGCUGGAAGCCUGUGAGCUGGGCGCAAGUCGCGAACGCCGUCAACUUCGCGGCUCAUAUGCUGAUCGAUCGAGCUGGGAGGCCAACGCCGGGCACUUUCCCUACGAUUGCGUAUAUCGGGCUUGAAGACCCGCGCUAUGUGCUCUUUCUCAUGGGCGCCAUUAAGGCCGGGUACAAGGCUCUGUUUAUCUCGCCGCGAAAUUCCGUUGCGGCACAGGUUCACCUGUUCAACAAGACGGACUGUGAUAUCCUAUACCACGAAGAGACGUUGGCAGCGAUGGUAAAGCCGUGGGUCGCCGGACGGCCCGGAUUGAAAAGCAUCGUAAUUCCUCCUUGGGAUGAGUGGGUGAACACGACUGUCGCCCCAUUCCCGUAUACAAAGACCUUCGACGAGGCCGAAUGGGACCCUUUUGUGGUCCUCCAUACGAGCGGUAGCACGGGUCUACCCAAGCCAGUCAUUAUCCCCCAGGGCUCGUUCGCCCUGAACGACCUGCAUCGUUAUGUUCCCGAGUACAAGGGUAACCUGCCGUGGUUACCGACAUGGGGAAAAUUCGAUAACCCGCGAUACCUUUGUACCUGUCCUCUGUUCCAUACCGCAGGUAUCGCACCCACGGUUCUGUCAGGCUUUUACUACAACACUCCUGUUGUAUUCCGCGAUCCGUUGGUUCCUUUCACGGGGGAUAACGUGGUGGAGUGGUUGCAGAACUGCGGCGCGACCUAUACUGUCCUGCCCCCGGUCAUUCUGGAGCAGAUGUCGCGGUCACAAGUAGCGCUCGAUGAGCUGAAGCAGUUACAAGUUGUGGCCUUUGGAGGAGGCCCAAUCGCGCCCGCUGCAGCGGCCUCCCUGCUGAAGAACGAAGUCAAGCUAGUCAACGCCAUCGGGGCAACUGAGUACAUCUACAUGCCGUACUACACGCAACCAGACUCAUCUCUCUGGGAGUGGUUUAUCGUCCCGACACAAUUGUUGGGUAUCGAGUGGCGGCCCUUUGGUGAGGACACAUUCGAGCAAGUCUUCAUUCGGCAGAACAAGGAGCAUCCGGGUGUGCAGGGGUGCUUUUAUGUCUUCCCUGAGCUAGACGAGUAUAGUACGAAGGACCUCUACCGCCCGCAUCCGAGUUUACCAGACCACUGGACCUACGUGGGUCGCGCCGACGACAUUAUCGUCUUCUCCACCGGCGAGAAACUCAACCCUACCGCCAUCGAAGGAGCGGUGAUCGGACAUCCGGGGGUUUUAGGCGCGCAAGUCGUCGGUGCGGGACAUUUCCAUGCUGCACUGCUGAUUGAGCCGGCGCAACAUCCGGCAAAUGAGCAGGAGAAGCAAAAGUUACUCGAUGAUGUUUGGCCGGUCAUCGAGAAGGCCAACGUGGAGACUGUCGCGCAUGGUCGCAUUUUGCGUGACUAUGUCUUUUUGUCUGACCCAGCGCGACCCUUCCCGCGUGCCGGCAAAGGAACCAUCCAGCGCGCCAUGGCUACAAAGCUCUACACAGAUGACAUUUGCCGCAUCUUUGAGUGUAGCUCCGAAACUAACAGCGCCUCAGCUGCUGCUGUGGAGCUCGACUUUAGCUCAGAAACAGCCCUUGCAGAUGGGAUCCGGACAUUGGUGCAACAGGCCUUGAAGUUGCCUGCACUCGACGUUGAUGAUGAUUUCUUCACUGUGGGCGUCGACUCGCUCCAGGUUCUCCAACUAGCACGGGUGCUGAGCGCUAGUGUCAAGCAGACCAUUGAAGGAAGGAGUAUCUACAGCCACCCAACCAUCGCCAAGCUCAGUUCCUUCAUUAAUUCUCUAGCCGAAUCUAAUUCGAAUGGAACUGCAGCCACCAGCACUGUGGCCGACACCCUGGCCCUAUGCUCAGCACUUGUCGAAAAAUACACGCAGAAUCUCCCUUCCUCAACAUCCGACAAGCCCCUUCCCGCCGCUACAAAACAAACCAUUAUCAUCACUGGCACAACUGGAGCUCUAGGCUGCUACCUCCUUGACCUCGCCCUCGCAAGCCAGGGCAUCACAAAGAUUAUCUGCUUCAACCGAACGUCUGACGCACGCGAGCGCCAAAUCGCAGCAAGCAGCUCCCGCGGCCUGUCCACCGACUUCUCACCAUCCCGCAUCGAAUUCCUCACCGUUGACCUUUCCUCCUCAGCUACAUUCAACCUGCCCGACGAGAUCGCAGCUCGCCUCAUGAGCACAGUCGACCGCAUCAUCCACAACUCCUGGCCCGUGGACUUCAAUCAAUCCAUCGCGUCCUUCGAACCACACCUCCUUGGCAUCCGACACCUCAGCGACUUCGCAGCUGCCGCCGCCAAAUGUAUCCCUAUCACCUUUGUCUCGUCCGUAAGCACGGUCGAGCAAUGGCCCGAGUCAAGCCUCAUCCCCGAACAACCCCUCUCAGAUUUUAGCCACGCCUCCCAGAUGGGCUACGGCCAGUCUAAACUUGCCGCAAGCCUGAUCCUCGAUGCGGGCGCGACAGUCUCGUCCGUGCCACGGAAUAUCAUCCGCGUAGGACAAGUCGCCGGCCCCCGGGCCGAACAAGGCCAAUGGAACCCGCGCGAGUGGCUUCCGACUCUUAUCCGGAGCUCAGUAUUCCUCGGCUUCCUGCCUAGUCAGCUUGGAGUGCUGGGUAAUUUGGGCUGGGCGCCUGUGGAGGACAUCGCAGGUGUUAUUUGGGAGAUUGCUACCGGCCAAGAUGGUAAUGGCGGAUACUUCCAUGCGGUGAAUCCGAACCUUCCAGACUGGGGGGGUGUUAUUGUGCCCGCGGUCAUGGAGUUCUAUGGAAGCCGGAUUGAGCGCGUUGUGAGCUUGCAAGAGUGGGUGGAGGCGUUGGAGAAGAGCGCAACUGGCGAGGUCGAUUUGGAGAAGAAUCCCGGUGUGAAGCUUUUGGAUACGUAUCGUCUUGCUGUUCUUGCGUCUACGAAGGUGACGGAUGGUGAGGCGGCUAGUGGAGGCUUUGCAACGGAGCGGACGGAGAAGGCGAGCAAGACUAUGCGCCGGAUGGAGCCGGUGACGGGGGAGUUGAUGAAGCGCUGGUGUAAGCAAUGGCAGUUCUAG